AUCUUUCGGCGACUGUGGAGUAAAGCCACCAUCGAAGAAGAAAAGGCGGAAGUUAAUAAUUUAACAAGACAAGACAAAGCGUUGAGCUAAGACGCGAUCUCGUAGUCCCAUAAAAGGGUUUAAAAAAAACUGUUGAAGUAGUUGAUUAAGUGAACGACUGAAACAGUCUAUAAAUUGUUUGAAACAAUGAUGGCGUCAUUCGUAGACCAACAUUGUCGAUCAAGAGACGAGACCAAGCGACAAGAACUGGAAUCUGUUGCCAAAACUCACAUCGUGUUGAACAUCCAAGACGUACGGCUAGUGAGUGGUGGGAACUCAGCACACCCACAGCACCCCAAUGUUAAAGAGGAAGAGGAGGAGCAAAAACACUUCUGCAUGAAGGAGGAAGAAGACUACUUUGACAUCACCAAGUUACCACUGACUAUUGCCUGUGUGAAGAGUGAUGAUGAUGAAGACAAACCUACUGAGUCGUCACAACUUGAUCUUGAUUGUCCAAGGGGAGACCACCUUGGAGACUCACCACCAGACAAUCUCUUGGCUCCACUGUCAGACAGCGAUGAACUGGUACAAUCUUUGAGGAAUGACAAAGACUGUGAAACUGACAACAAAAAGUUAAAAAGCUAUAAGAUAACUCUUCACAAGAAGACUUCUCAAAAACGCAGGACAUGUCGCACAAGGAAAGAACGCUUCACUUGCUCAGUUUGCGGCCAAAGAUUUCCUUAUGAGAGUACUUUGAAAAUACAUAUGCAGAAACACAUGGGAGAAAAACCUUUCACGUGCUCAGUUUGCGGCAAACAAUUUACCUCUAAGUAUAGUUUGACUGCCCACAUGCAGAAACACCCGGGAGAAAAAACCCUUAGCAGCUCAGUUUGUGGUAAAUCAUUCCUUCAUAAAUCCAAUAUGGUGGCACACAUAAAAACACACACAGUAGAAAAGCAUUUCACAUGCACCGUUUGUGAUAAAGUCUUUUCCUCUAAGUCUUAUUUGAAGAGACAUAUGAGGACACACACAGGAGAAAAACCUUUCAGCUGUGCAGUUUGUCGAAGAAAUUUCACUUCAAGACAAAAUUUGAACAUACACAUGUGGACACAUAAUGGACAACAUCCUUUUAAUUGUUCGUUUUGCGGUGAUACGUUUGCUCAGAAAGUCACUUUGAUCGCACACACAGCAACACACACUGGAGAAAAACCUUUCACAUGCACAGUUUGCGAUAAAAGUUUUUCUUAUAAGUACACUUUGAAAUCACACAUGCAAACACACACGGGAGGAAAACCUUUCACAUGCUUAGUGUGCAAAAAAGGCUUUUCUUAUGAAAACCGUUUGAAGGUACACAUGCGGAAACACACUGGAGAAAAACCUUAUGCUUGUUCAAUGUGUUGCAAAAGCUUUUCUUAUAAGCACGUUCUGACUGGUCACAUGUUCAAACACACCGGAGAAAAACCUUUUAGUUGUUCAGUUUGCGGUAAAAGCUUUGCCUACAAACACACUUUAAAAUCACACAUGCUGACACACACGGGAGAAAAACCUUUCACGUGCUCAGUUUGUGGUGACAGUUUUACUUAUAAGAAAACUUUAACUUCACACAAAAUGACUCACAGUGGACAGUAAAUAUAAAAUCAUCAGUGGCCAUAACAGUUAUCUUAUAUCAGUACAAAAUCAAUGAUAACAGUCAUUGAACAAAUGUUUCGAUCAUUUGAAAGUUCUAUAUUUUGGGAUUUUCCAAACACUUUUGUAAAAGUCGAUCAGACCCAAAGAGAAACUUUAUUUAUUCAUCAAAUUUAUGGACAAGAAGCAAUUUACCACACAAAUAGAAUUUACCAAACAAAUCCCGUUGAAAAGACUUUCUUGUUUACGUUCACAAUGUUUUUGCAUCGAGCAUAUAAUUUUUGAAUGUUAUUGUACUGUAUUCUGUUAUGCAAAUAUUUUAUUUUAGGAACCGUCAUUGAAAAGAUCUAAUGUUGGACCUUGCAUUCUUUGCAAUAAAGCCGGUACAGUUUUGUU